AUGGCUUCGAUGAACAUCAAGAUUUCCUUCUUCAUAGCGUUAUUCUGCUUAGCUUUCGAGAAUUCCCAUGGUGCUACACAGAAUUCGAUUAUAGAUAGUGGUAAUUCGAUUGUAACCUUAGUUAUCAAGAAUCGGCCGUAUACAUCACUAUAUAGAUAUAAAGACAAAGAGCCUUACUUAAGCUUAAUCGCCGAAUUCAAGUCAGGGAUAAUAACCAUGAUGCUUGGAGCUGUUGGAAACUAUACUCUUCCGCGCAUAGGAUCCGCAAAAUCAGAAUCUUAUUGUCAGCUAUCAACUCCUGUUCCUACCGCUGUCGGCAAUACUGUACCGACUGCUUUGCCAACUGAUUGCAGCUUCUUAAUGAUAAGCUCUAAUUAA